GGGGAACUCACGCACCCGAUUAAUGGCUGCGCCAAGAUAGAUCGGAUCCACCCCUUUUUUCCUUCAAUGCGGGGGUAUAUGCGCCGUCAUUAAUCAUCUAUCAUGGUUAUUUAGCACUAUAUAGUCAAGCUUCCUUGGUGGGAUAAAAGUUAUCAUUUGUUAUUUCGCCAGAACUUCCCACUCAUCCUAACCUAACAGUGGGUAUUACGACAACAACCGCGGUGAGCCCACAACCAAUUUAUUCACUAUCUGGCCGACCGACCAACCCAAAUUCAAAAUGUCUGCCACAGUCCCAGAUUCGAUGCAAGCACUCGUGGGAAACCGACUCGCAGCCGCACGACUGGUCAACUAUGCUUGGAGUAAGCCCUGUGGAGACGGGGCGAAGGUCCAAACAGUUCCCACUCCAACCAUAUCAGACACGGAAAUCCUCGUUCGUGUCAAGGCGGUCGCGUUGAAUCCCACAGACUUCAAACAUGUCGAUCUUCUCGCCCCAAAAGGGGCUAUCAUCGGCUGCGACUUUGCCGGAACGGUCGCCAAGGUGGGAUCCAAAGCACCCGGCAACUGGCAGGUUGGUGAUCGGGCAGCAGGCUGGGUGCACGGUGGCUUGUAUUACGACCGUGGUUCGUUCGCCGAGUUUCUCAAGGUCCCAGCGGACCUGGCGUGGAAGGUUCCAUCCAACGUGAGCGACGAAGCAGCAAGUACUUAUGGGGUGUCUGCCGUCACCGCGGUGCUGGCUCUCAAUGCUCGCCUGGACGUUCCUUGGGCUGAUGGAGGCCCAGAAGGAGGACAUCGUGACUCACCUGUGUUUAUAUACGCGGGUGCAACUAGUGCUGGUCUCUACGCCAUUCAGGUAGCCAAACUAGCCGGCCUAAAGGUCGUAACCACAGCAUCUCCACGGUCGCAUGAUUUGGUGAAGCAAUAUGGUGCAGACGACGUGUUUGAUUACCGAUCACCAACCGCAGCAGACGAAAUCGCCCGGGCGUAUCCACAGAUGAGCCGAGCCUUGGACUGCUUUUCCGAAGGCGGUUCGACGGACUUUUGCAUUAAGGUUGUGCAGAAGGCGAAGGGCAAGGUGGUUACUCUGUUAGACAGAGGCAAGACGACCGACGAGGGAGUGGAAGUCGAUUUUUUCCUUGGGUAUGGGGCCUUCAAUCUUCCAUACCAGUGGAUGCCUCCUGUUGGACCUCGAUUCUCAGCCAACCCGUCCGACAACGCAGCUUUACGUCGGUUUUAUGCAUCAUUGCACGACAUCUGCCAUCAACUGCGACCACCUCCCCUCAAGAGCAUAGAGGGCGGGCUACACCAUCUCAAUGAAGGUCUCGAUCUUCUUCGCAAGGGAAAAGUUGCUGGUACUAAGUUAGUUGCCCGUCUUCAAUAACGUUCUACCCAUAGUGCACAUAGUGUGAGGUAGAAUCGUA